GACUGGGCUCGCACUAGAGUAAGCAGAAGAGCAGCGGCUAUUGACGGGAAAUCAGCAGGAAUUGCAGAUCAGGUCGUGAACGCAGGUAGAGAGCUGCUGUAUGCUUGAUAAGAACUGAAUAGCAAAGUAGGAUUAACCAUGGAUACCAGUCGUGGCAGUAAAGAGAUGGUUCUUCUAGCAGGGAAUUCUCACCCAGAGCUGGCACAGCUGAUAGCUAGCCGGCUAGAAGUGCCCGUAGGUCGAGCAGAAGUGAAGGAAAUGGCCAAUCGAGAAACAAGUGUAGAGAUCAUGGAGUCAGUGAGAGAGAAGAGUGUUUACCUCAUUCAGACAGCCAACCCCAAGGAUGUCAAUAAUAACAUCAUGGAACUUCUCAUCAUGGCAUAUGCUUGCAAGACAUCCUCAGCACGCAACAUUGUAGGAGUCAUCCCAUAUCUUCCAUACUGCAAGCAGAGCAAGAUGAGGAAGAGGGGCUGCAUUGUAUCCAAGUUGCUAGCCAAGAUGAUGUAUAAGGCAGGGUUGACUCAUGUCAUCACCAUGGACCUUCACCAAAAAGAAAUUCAGGGAUUCUUUGAGUGCCCAGUAGAUAAUCUGCGUGCAUCCCCCUUCCUUCUACAGUACAUCCAGGAGUGUAUUCCUGACUAUCGCAAUGCAGUUAUUGUGGCAAGAGAUCCAGGAUCAGCCAAGAAAGCCACAUCCUAUGCAGAGCGUUUAAGGCUAG